AUGAAAACUCAUGAAGAAAUCAAUAUAUCAAAAAAGGUGCAAGAAGGGGAUAUAAAUCUACUAUUCGCUCAUCCAGAGGCAAUACUUUCCGAGCAAGGCAGAAAUUUAUUAAAGUCAACUGUGUAUCAAGAUAAUGUUGUUGGAAUUGUUAUUGACGAAGCCCAUUGUGUAGAAUUUUGGGGAGAAGAAUUUAGAAAAGAUUUUAAAGAACUUUCCACAGUGCGCACUUAUUUUCCAAAAGCAUCUAUGUUAGCCCUUACUGCAACUGCCUCACCUCAUCAUAUAACAAGUUUAGUGAAGUCAUUGAAUAUGUCAACAGCAAAAGUUAUCAGAGUAAAUCCCAACCGCAAAAACAUACUUCUUGACAAAAAGAUCCGCAAAAGUAAUGUUUCUGGAUUCGAAAGCUAUGACAAUAUAUUGUUACCUAUAGCAAAUUCAUUAAAUUCAGUAAGAGAACAAUUUCCAAUGACAAUCAUUUAUAUGAAAUUAAAAUAUUGUGGUCUUGCCUUUAAUCUAUUUGAAAGAAUUUUAAGCACAUUUCAAUACGUGGGAUUUGAAAAAACACCAUCUAGUCAAAAUGUUUACCACAUUACCCCACCCAGCAAUCUUGAAGCUUAUGUUCAAGAAAUAGGACGAGCUGGCAGAAGUAAGCAACCUGCAACAGCUAUUUUGUUUUACAAUAAUUCCGAUGUUUCGGCAAAUAAAACAAAUGUGGAUAAAAAUAUGAAAUUGUACUGCCAGACAUCAACUUGCCUAAGGGAGCAUAUUCAAAAACAUUUUGGUUUCAAGCACGAACUUCAAGAAAAAUGUUGUUCAAUCUGUGAAAAAGUGGAAUUGGUAGAAAAACCAACCACUGUAAGAACUCGUUUAACAGCAAAAUUAAGAAAUGAAUGA